CGCCGGGACUGGCUCUUCCCCGGCUCGGCAGCCGGCGCCGGCUUCUCCGAGCGCCUCGGCGAGCGCUCCCGCGGCCUCGCACGCGCGCGCCCUCCGGCUCCCGCCCGGCCCCCUCCUGGGCAGCCGAGCGGCGGGGCCAUGGUGCGGCGGCGGCGGCGGUGGCGGCCCGAGGCCCGCGGCGGGGCCCGCGGCGCGCUGGCGUUGCUGGCGUUGGCCCUGUGCGCGCCCGGGGCCCGGGGCCGGGCGCUUGAGUGGUACUCGGCCGUGGUGAGCACCGAGUACGUGGACCCGCAGACGAAUCGGAGCGUGCGGAGCGUCUCGGAGAACGGCCGCUUCGGCGAGAGCUCCCCCAGGGAGGGCGCGCGGGGCCUGGUGGGCGUCCCGCGCGCCGAGGACCGCGACCCGGAGGGCUGCGCGCCCAGCACGCGCUUCCUCGUGCCCGGCGGCCGGGGGGCCGCGCCCUGGGUCGCGCUGGUGGCGCGCGGGGGCUGCACCUUCAAGGACAAGGUGUUGGCGGCGGCGCGGAGGAACGCCUCGGCCGUGGUCCUGUACAACGAGGAGCGCUACGGGAACCUCACCUCGCCCAUGUCCCACGCGGGAACAGGAAAUAUAGUGGUCGUCAUGGUUAGCUACCCGAAAGGAAGAGAGAUUGCGGACCUGGUGCAGAAAGACAUUCCGGUCACAGUGACCAUAGGGGUGGGCCCCCGGCAAGUACAGGAGUUCAUCAGUGGCCAGUCCGUGGUGUUCGUGGCCAUUGCCUUCAUCACUAUGAUGAUCAUCUCAUUGGCCUGGCUCAUAUUUUACUACAUACAGCGCUUCCUAUACACUGGCUCACAGUUUGGAAGUCAGAGCCAUAGGAAAGAAACAGAGAAAGUUAUUGGGCAGCUCCCUCUUCAUACUGUAAAGAACGGAGAAAAGGGAAUCGAUGUUGAUGCUGAAAGUUGUGCAGUGUGUAUUGAAAAUUUUAAAGGAAAGGAUGUUAUCAGGAUUCUGCCAUGCAAGCAUAUUUUUCAUAGAAUAUGCAUUGACCCAUGGCUUUUGGAUCACCGCACGUGUCCAAUGUGUAAACUUGAUGUCAUCAAAGCCCUGGGAUAUUGGGGAGAGCUUGAGGACGUGCAGGAGACGCCUGCCCCAGAAUCUCCCCCCGGGGGCGUUUCGGCUGCAGAUUUGAGUCUUGCUUUCCCAGAUGGUGACAGAAGUGAUUCAGGCAGCUCAGCGUCGCCCUCCACCAGUGAUCCUGCGCCGCCCUGUGAGGCCAGUUUUAAAGAGGAUGCAGGUGAAAGCACAACCUUGCUGGAAACAGGCAGGAGUGACCUUCAGUGUGGAGGACCCAUCUCCUAGUGCUCGACCUGCUGGCAGUGGACAGAGCUUGGGCUUGAAUUAAAGGACAUUUUAUUUUUUUUACUUUAGCGCAUAGUUUGUAUAUGUGAAAAUAAUGUACAUUCUUUUGCCUUUCAGGUCUGAUUUGAUACACAAAGGGCUAAGAUAUUUUAUUCUUAAAGAGACUUUUUGAUUAGUCUUCAUAUAUUUAUCUACUAAAACGUAUCAUAAGAUUAUUCGGUCUUCUCGAGGAUGGUUCUAGACUAAUCACAUUGAAUUCAGACUAGUUGAAAUGGAGUUGUGUAAUUAUAUUCAGUAAUUGAUCACAUGGGUUUCCCUGGAGGAAAGACUUUUUUAGAACAUUAAACUUGUAAAUGUAAUGAGAGAAACCUAUCAGUCUUGCACCUCUGUACUAUAGAGAGAUUUCCAAACCUGAGAGCACUUUCAUUGUUUUUUAUUUGGAAUUAUGGGAAAAGCACUGGUUGACUUUAGGAUUUGCAUUUCUCCCUUUUAUUACCUGAUUUCUUCCAACAGCCUUGCUGGGGAGGGAAGUUUUAUCCAUUUUUUUUCUGUACAAAUAAAAAAAGCUAAGAUUCUGUGUUGCACACGAGCAUGAAGUUCUUCAUUGCUUGUUAAAGAAAUGGAGUAGACAGACUGAUGUGGCGUUUUUGGGGGUAAAUGAUGAAUAUACUGAUUCCAACUGCAAUUUAAUCUUUACAAUUAAAAGGGUGAUAGAUGGGGACUUUUCAUUGCUCUUGUAACAAAAUAAACAAGCAACCAGUUUUCUUGAUUUAUUUUAAGGCAGACUUAAUGGUGGUGACCUUGUUUAGUCAUCUGUCCUCUUUACUCGUUUGACGUUCUUCGUUGGAGGUGGGGGGAGCGGGCUGCUCAAGCUUUUGGAGGCAGCUCUCUAAGCUGAUUAAGCGAUUAAACACACACACCGUGCUCUGCUCACUUCUUAGAGAUGGACGUCAAGGAUGAGGAAGUUAUUUUUUUUAGAACUUGAAAUUGUAGUCCUUUGUCGCUUUCAAACUAGUUACUGCAUAUAUCUUUGUGGGUAAAAAUAAACAUUUAUUGAGAAUAUAUAAUUUAAAAUUUUUUAUGCUUAUAGCUGUAUCUAAGAUGUAAAGUUUAUUUAGCCAAACUACUUACUACACUUUGAUUCCAGCUACUCAGUGAAAUGUUAGGUGAGUUAACAGUGUUUUACUGAAGUAAAUUGAGGCCAGAUUCCCUGUGAGGAGCUAUUGGAAUAGAAAUUGUCUUACUUCGAGCUCUCAUUUCAACAGACAGCCUCAGUAGGUUUCCAUAAUAGCCAUUAUCUUUGAAAUCCACCUUCUGUGGUUCAUUGCAGAUAGGAAAAUAUGCCCUUGAUUCUAUACCAAGCAGAUUGUUUGCUCUUUGUAUUUUAAGACACGUACUAGGGGAAAAUGCUUUCAUUCUUGCUAGUAGCCAGUGAAGCUGACUUUUAAAAAUACUGCGACAGAUCAAGGUAAAUUGUUUUUGAUGAUUAUGGAAGUAUUAGUUCUUAAUCAGUGGCUGACAACUAGAGCUCCCCUUAACUCAGAAGUUAGAACCCUAAGUUAUACAUACAUUGGGAAAAUUACGUUUUUCAUCUCUACAUAUACAAGUUUUUAACAAAAGAUAAAGAAGUUAGCAAGAGAAGACAGAAAACUCUCAGUACUUCGAAAGGAAAAUGUUUCCUUUGAUAUGUUUUUCUUAGGUGGAAAUAAACAUGAUAAAGGGUCAAAUACUACCAGAAUUUUUGCUGAAAUAUAAAGUUGAUAAAAUGCUGGUAAUCGGGGGACUGUAACUGAAGAAAGAUUAGUGAACCAGAGAGAUUGUUAUGUUAUUUGCGGCAGUAAUCACUUUCCUCUUGACAAUUGUCAUGAAAACGAUUUGUUCACGAGACAGUAUUUUUCCUUUCUAACUGUGAGAGCCUCAGGCAGCACGUGGAGGAGGGCAGUGUAUCCAUGGAUGUGAACACCCCGCAGACUGCUGCCUGCCCUGCUGCUUCCAGGUUUCCCAUCUGAGAGCCACAACACCCGGAGGAGGGGCGUAUACACAGCACCUGGAGCAGAUGACUUGAAGAUAUUAAAGCUAGAAAUUGGAACUAAAAGUCCACAGAGUUCAAGAUGUGGUUUUUUAAAAACAUGACAGUAAAAUCGAAUUCGUCUGAUUACACUUAGAAGUUGGUUGCAGUUAUUGAAUCCCGGGAUUAUAGUUUCUUUUAUUUCAGAGUACCGUCCGGCUUCAUAACAACGUACGUAAAGCGCCCAGCUGCACAGAGCAGGAGCAGAGUGCCCCAAGCGCCUUCGGGUUUUGAGUGACCUCUCACUGACUCCUGAGACAAAGCCGGGGGCAGACCCAGUGUUGUCAUUACUCACAACUUCACACACCUCAGACGGGCCAGAGGACAGCGAACUGCACCUGAGGCGAUAAAGCGUCAAGCACGGUUUGACAGUCUGUACUGUCGGAAGGAGUAAUUUUCGGCGCCAUGAAGCUAUUACUUGUCCAGACUUGGUGGAGGGAGCAGGGAGGGAAUGUCCAGGGGAGAUAAUCAGUUUCACGCGUGGGUGAAAGCCCAGCAGCUGCGGGACCUCCCCCUCCGCGCCGCACCCCGGGCUCCGGGCGGGGGGCCCCGGGCGUACCUGAGA